AGUCGGUCAUAUAGCCUUCAAUUAGAUAUUUUUCUUCUAGGAUUCUAUCCGCCGCCUCGCAAAUAAGUCGGUUGACAAUCUCUCUAUAUAUAGCCUGUAAUUAGAUAGUUUCUCCAGUCAUUCUAGCCUUCUUUUCCGCCGGAUGAGUAACGUGGAUUCCUUAAGCAGGUUGCUGGGGAGCAGGGUCGUUUUGCCCAAAGUAUUGUCGAUCAGGUAUGAACAGCGUGAUGGCUCGAAUGAUCCGCCCCUGGUAGUAAGGAGUCUUGAUUCGUCAUCUCAGGGCUGAGAUGGCGUAGAAAGGAGUCUUGAUACGUCUUCACAAGGAAUCUUGGCUCAGAUUGUGUAGAGGAGAGUCUUGAUUCGUCAUCUCAAGGAAUCUUGGCUCAGAUGGCUAGGGUGCCAGAUGAAUUUGAAUUCUUGGCGUUGUUGGAUGGAUUUCCCUGUCAUAAUCAGAAGCGUCGAGAGCAAUACCCAUAGGAAGUUGUUGUUGUAUGAAGAUGUAUAGAGGUAUAGGUGGGGCAUAAAAGCCCUAAUAUCAGGGGUGAUGUCCCGUUUUAAAUUACCCUGUUACUGCUCUGGCCUUUGCCAUGUCGGGUGCGCUUGCAUGGCAGGUCCCUAUAUUUAAUAUAAAUUGGAUUUUUCGGGGUUUUGAGGGGGAGAUAGCACGGAUUUUUUUUUUUGGCCCGGGAUCUCUCCCCUCUUGGUGUGUGUGUGUGUUUUAUGCCUUCUCUGAUUCUUGUUUGCACGUUAUGCUCUGCAUCGUCAGAUCAGCAGUCUCUCAACGAGCUAUCCUUAAUUUGCCGCCCACCCAAAUGUAAGUCAAGGCAGAAGAAGAUUAUGAAGGUGAACGUUCAAGAUUGAACAUCGAUUUCAUCAGUGCUAACAACUCCAAAUCUAGUGCACUAUCUGUGGACAAAAUCUACUCGGAUUCAGAUAUGCAUAAUAGGCUCGUAAUUAUGGUUGCUUGGAUUCCUAAUAAUAGACCUCAGCCAAUAUAGCAUGUUGAAUGAGAAAAUCAAAAGCUAAUCUUUGGAUGUAUCAGAGAAUAUACUAACUUGAGGACUUUGAUUGAAGAUGAGGUGAGAGGAUGUAUACCGGAGAGAUCAAAAUGAACUCUCGAGAUGGUCUGUGAAUACCUAUUAGUAUUUGCUAACGUGGUAAAUGGCGAUAAUCAAUCUAACCAAGAGAUGUUACGGCAAUUCACUUGAAUAUGUUCCAAGUUCAUGAAAACAGAGGAAGUGGAUGUUAUUACAGAAAUUAUUUCAGUAGCUGAGGUGGGUACAGCUCCAAGUAGUGAGGAGACACUUCUUAUUAGGCAUGCAUGUAAUGUAGUUGCCGAAAUUCAACAGACGAUUAUAAACCAACACCUAAGGAAUCUUUGUGGAUUGUGGAAUUGCUUGCUGAGAUGUUGACUUGUUAAGGAGACGCAGGCCUAGUAUGGUGCAGUAUUUUGUACUUUCCUCCUCCUCUAUGGAGACGGACUCUGGCAAGUCAGAACAGAUCAUUGAUCUAAUCCAUCGGAGAUUCAAGGGUAUAGCAGUAGUACCACCAAAUGUAAGUGUUUAUCCAACAAUGACUACUAGGUUGUGUAAAGACUGCAGAGAGGAGAAAGAUCAUUUGCCGUUGAGGGUGUAUAAGUGAUAUUUGGCAUUUGCCAAUUGUGAAUAUAAGAUCCGUGAAGCUUAUUGUAUUUUCUGUAGAGUGACAGGCGGAAUAAGUUUAUUUGUUCCUCUAGUUUGCGUAUAUUAGAACUUGAUUUGUAGUGUUGGGCGGAUGAUAUACUACUAGUAAGGAUAUGUCUCAACUGAUAGUGUUAUUGUAUUGGUUAUAUUUUAUCGACACCGGCACAGUAUUUUUAUGCCGAUACGUGGAUGUAUUGUUUCUUUAGAGAGGACGGUUGUUGGAGUCCACUUGUGUUACUGGAUUUGAACUCAAUAUUUAUGGUCCAUACAGUAUUUAAACUGAAGGAUAUUUAUGGUCAAUUGUGUUGACUAACGCAUGCAUAUUAUUUUCACUAUAAUCUCAAGUAGUUGAAGGAGAAAAGGCGAAAACUUUACCACUCAAAUUAUGUGUUCUUGAAACCCCAAGAAUUGGUAAAUUCGUUGCCUAAUUUUGUAGUUUUUAAAUGCUACGUACGGCGUGGGGAGCUACUUGAACCAACCCUAUAAGGCAAGUAAUAGGAGAAAUAACUGAAUUUUGUUGAAUUCUCCAAGUUGUUGGUCAGUGGUUUGUUUAUACCGUCAGUGCGUUUGUUAGGUUCCAUCCAAUUUGUUUAUACCGUCAGUGCGUUUGUUAGGUUCCAUCCAAACUUGAACAUAUUUGCUUUGAAUAGUAAACGUAGUUGGGUAUUAUCACAUUAUAUGGUCCAAAAAAGAAGACUACAAGCGUGUGAAAAAUUCCAUUUUCCGUCUGUUCCCUCUUUGUAACUGUUCAAGUGAAUGAUCACCUACUUUGCGUGAUAUCUCUACAACUUCAAGUGGUGUUGUAUACUUUUCCCACAAGAAUUAAUUUCUAUUGUGUUCAUGUAGAGUGAUCGAGGGGAUCACAGGAAUCAUGUUCCGGAGAAAGUCGUCUCGCACAAUUCAGGCAGAUGAUUCUGCAGCCCGUGGUGCAAAGGUUAGCGAGUUAAGAGAGGCUGUUGGACCUCUCUCUGGGCGAAACUUAAAGUUCUGUACCGAUGUGUGUCUGAGGCAAUACUUAGAAGCUCGAAAUUGGAACCUUGACAAGGCAAAAAAAAUGCUCGAAGAGACUCUCAAGUGGAGAUCCACCUAUAAGCCUGAAGAAAUUCGUUGGCAUGAAGUGGCACAUGAAAGUGAAACUGGCAAAGUUUCUAAGGGUAAUUUUCAAGACCGACUUGGCAGAACCGUCCUUAUAAUGAGGCCUGGGAAACAGAAUACAUCAUCUCCGGAAGGUAAUAUUCGUCAUCUAGUCUAUCUGAUGGAGAGUGCUAUCCUUAACCUGCCAGAAGGCCAAGAACAAAUGUCUUGGUUGAUAGACUUCAAUGGAUGGUCAUUGAACACCAACAUUCCCAUUAAAACUGCAAGAGAUAUUAUCUACAUUUUGCAGAAUCAUUAUCCAGAGAGGCUUGCUAUAGUUGUUCUUUAUAGUCCACCUAGAUUUUUCGAGGCAUUUUGGAAGGUAGUGAAAUAUUUUAUUGAUUCGAAAACAUUUGAGAAGAUCAAGUUUGUGUAUCCCAAUAACAAAGAUAGCGUGGAGUUGAUGAAGACUUUUUUCGAUACUGAGAAUCUUCCAAGUGAGUUUGGGGGAAAAGCCACAUUGAAUUACGAUCAUGAAGAAUUUUCCAAAUUGAUGGUUCAAGAAGAUGUCAAGACUGCUAAAUUUUGGGGCCUUGACGAUCGAGGUGACAUCUUCCAAAAGCAAAGGUGAUGCCUGGCCAAUGACUGUUGCAUCAUGUGCAAGCUAAGCAAGUCCACAAUAACUAAACGGUGUAUUGUCAAAUCUUAUUUUAUAAAAUAAAAAUUCUUGAACAGUAAACAUAUGCCAAUAAUUAAAUGCGUGUAAUUUUGAGUCA